AUGAAAGUGGCUAUAGCGGUUGUGAUGUUCGGGUGCGCGGUGACGCUGGCACACGCAUCACCGACCAUACUACCCGAAAAGAUACCGUGUCACUUAACGGAUUGUAUUAAGCCACCUGAGAAGGAUAAACCAGAUAAAGACAAACCAGACGAAGAUAAACCCGAUAAAGAUAAACCUGACAAGGAUAAACCCGAUAAAGAUAAAUCUGACAAGGAUAAACCCGAUAAAGAUAAACCUGACAAGGAUAAACCCGAUAAAGAUAAACCUGACAAGGAUAAACCCGAUAAAGAUAAACCUGACAAGGAUAAACCGGACGAAGAUAAACCCGAUAAAGAUAAACCUGACAAGGAUAAACCGGACGAAGAUAAACCCGAUAAAGAUAAACCUGACAAGGAUAAACCCGAUAAAGAUAAACCAAACAAGGAUAAACCCGAUAAAGAUAAACCAGACAAGGAUAAACCCGAUAAAGAUAAACCAGACAAGGAUAAACCCGAUAAAGAUAAACCAGACAAGGAUAAACCGGACGAAGAUAAACCCGAUGAAGAUAAACCCGAUAAAGAUAAACCAGACAAGGAUAAACCGGUCGAAGAUAAACCCGAUAAAGAUAAACCUGACAAGAAUAAACCCGAUAAAGAUAAACCUGACAAGAAUAAACCAGAUAAAGAUAAACCAAACAAGGAUAAACCCGAUAAAGAUAAACCAGACAAGGAUAAACCGGACGAAGAUAAACCCGAUGAAGAUAAAUCUGACAAGGAUAAACCCGAUAAAGAUAAACCAGACAAGGAUAAACCGGACGAAGAUAAACCCGAUGAAGAUAAACCAGACGAAGAUAAACCCGAUAAAGAUAAACCAGACAAGGAUAAACCGGACGAAGAUAAACCCGAUAAAGAUAAACCUGACAAGGAUAAACCCGAUAAAGAUAAACCAAACAAGGAUAAACCCGAUAAAGAUAAACCAGACAAGGAUAAACCCGAUAAAGAUAAACCAGACAAGGAUAAACCCGAUAAAGAUAAACCAGACAAGGAUAAACCCGAUAAAGAUAAACCAGACAAGGAUAAACCGGACGAAGAUAAACCCGAUGAAGAUAAACCAGACGAAGAUAAACCCGAUGAAGAUAAACCAGACAAGAAUAAACCCGAUAAAGAUAAACCAAACAAGGAUAAACCCGAUAAAGAUAAACCAGACAAGGAUAAACCCGAUAAAGAUAAACCAGAGAAGGAUAAACCGGACGAAGAUAAACCCGAUGAAGAUAAACCAGACAAGGAUAAACCCGAUAAAGAUAAACCAGACAAGGAUAAACCGGACGAAGAUAAACCCGAUAAAGAUAAACCAGACGAAGAUAAACCAGACAAGGAUAAACCCGAUAAAGAUAAACCAGAGAAGGAUAAACCCGAUAAAGAUAAACCAGACAAGAAUAAACCGGACGAAGAUAAACCCGAUGAAGAUAAACCAGACAAGGAUAAACCCGAUGAAGAUAAACCAGACGAAGAUAAAACCGAUAAAGAUAAACCUGACAAGGAUAAACCAGAGAAGGAUAAACCCGAUAAAGAUAAACCAGACAAGAAUAAACCGGACGAAGAUAAACCCGAUGAAGAUAAACCAGACAAGGAUAAACCCGAUGAAGAUAAACCAGACGAAGAUAAAACCGAUAAAGAUAAACCUGACAAGGAUAAACCUGAGAACUAUGACGAUGAUGAUGAUGAUGAUGAAGAUGAUGACCGUGACGAUGAUGAAGACGAUGACGAGUGGCCCAAUGAUAGUGAACGAAGACACAGACGUAGACCGUACCGUCCUUAUGACGGAUAUGGUGAUAUUGUAGCAGGAGUUGGUCUCGGAGUAGGAGUGGUCUUCUAGUGAUGAUAUGAUGAGGAGAUGGAAGUAGACCAUGAACACUAUCACGGG